AUGCGUUUCACUCAGGCUAUCGCUACUGCGAUUCUCUCGUUCUCCAUGGCCUCGGCCCUGCCUAUCGUACAAUCUGGAAGCAUCCUCGGAAACGUUGGCAGCGGAGUUCACCCUACUGUCAACUCGGCUGGCACCACAGUCGAUGGAGUUGGAACUGUUGUCGACGGAGUUGCCGGCAUUGUUGGAGGCGUCUCGACCACCCUUGGUGGUACUGGAUCUACCGUCAACGGCCUUGGUCAGCACGUUCAAAACUCCAAGCGUCAGAUCCUUGGUGGUGUUCACCCGAUUGUCAACUCAGCCGGCACCACAGUCGAUGGUGUUGGUACGGUCGUCGAUGGAGUAGCUGGCAUUGUCGGAGGCGUCUCUACUACGCUCGGCGGCACUGGCUCUACCGUCAACGGCCUCGGUCAGCACGUCGAGAACGCUAAGCGCCAGAUUCUCGGUGGCGUCCACCCCACUGUCAACUCGGCUGGCACCUCUGUCGAUGGAGUCGGUUCAGUCGUUGAUGGAGUUGGCGGUAUUGUUGGUGGAGUCGGCCUCACUGUAGGAGGUGUCGGUUCUACUGUUAACGGUGUCGGUCAGCACGCCGCUGGCGAGAACGUCCUCAAGCGUGAUGGCGUCCUUGGUGGUGUCCACCCCAUUGUCAACUCAGCCGGUACCACAGUCGAUGGAGUUGGAACUGUUGUCGACGGAGUUGCCGGCAUUGUUGGAGGUGUCUCGACCACUCUCGGUGGUGCUGGCCAUGUCACUAACGGCCUUGGUGAGCACCUCGAGCACGCCAAGCGUUCUCCUCUGCUCGACGCUGUCGUCGGCAACCCCCUUGUCCAAGGCGUAACUGGCACAGUUGGCUCUCUCGUUGCCGGUGUUGCACAGGGCGGCAUUCCCGCAGCUCUUAGUGAUGUCACCAAGGGUGUUACCAAGCGCUCUCCCAUCCUCGACAGCGAGCUCGGUUCCGGACUUGCAGGCGUCGGUGGCACAGUCGAUGGCCUUACCUCAGGCGGUCUUGUCGGCGGCGUCAGCAACGUUGUCGAUGGCCUUACUCGCCCUCUCCUCGGCAACUUCGAGCGCGACCUCUCCACUGGUGUAAACUCUGUCGUUGAGAACGUCGAUGGCAUCGUUCGCCCUGUCACCGGCGACGUCCUUUAA